CGAACCAUUACUCCAUCGUGCUGGGUUGGCCGAGGCUGCAUGGCAGAAUAUCAUCUCGAAUAGGUAGAGAAGCAAACAAAAUGGUGGUGGUGACCGUUGCUUACUUCGAAAACACCCUCGGUCGCUGCAGGCGCCGAGAUGCACUCUGCGUUCUGGUACUAUGGCCCAUAAGCCAUCGUAGGUGCAGAGACGCCACCACCGUGCUCACCACGUGUGAAGUCCGCCGAUUGAUAGCUAUAUACGAUUGCGGAACUGCAGCGAUCUGCACUAGAAUUGACGGGCCACCUCUGGACGCUCAAAUGCUCAUUCACUUUGCCAUUAGCAGCUCCAGAAUCGUCGGCCAUGCCGUUGCAGCAACCUUGUGGCUCUCUGGUCGCCAAUGAGUCCCUACCAAGUUCGAUAGCCUUCACGUCAAGUGACACUCUAAAUUUGAGCCACGAGAGUGUCCUGGACGGACAGAGCCCAACCAUGAUUCGACUGCACGCCUAUCAACGCCAACUUUGCCCAACAUCGUGGAGUCGAGGCGCCAGACGACGAUUGCGAGAUCGUAUCACUCAUACGCCCCCUUCACGACCGGCAAGAACUAGAGAGCCAGACCAGGUCGCAGUUGGGCGUCCGAAACAUCUCAUGCAUCUAGGCUGCGCAAAAGCAUAGUCGAUAAUGCCCAGGAGAUGCGACUUCUCACUCAGAGUGGUCCGGGUUUCGCAGAUCGCCAUCAUCGAGAUCCUAGAGCCCGCCAUCACACCAUCCUCUCCCAGGCUCGCCGGUCGAAAUUCCCUCAGCCAGCGCACCCAGUCAUGUUGAGGCUUGUAAAAGGACGUCGCUGUUGAUAGGUAGCAGCAGCUCGCCUAAAAAAAUCGUUUAUGGAUAGGAUGGCGGCCACGAGCACGGGUGCCCCUCGAAUGGAUUGAGGGUGAUGGAGUAUUACCCGACGAAGUUACCCACGUUUCUCUGCGAACUACAUGGCUUAUAUGUAUCAGCUGGCCUCCCAUGUUUCGCCGAGCAUGUCACAGCAUACCUUUAGACACCAGGACCCGGAACUAAGACAAGACCAUAAAGUCUCAACCGUAUCCCACGCUCACUACUCCUUGUAGAACUCCUCCGCCUACGACAAUACUUAGCAUAUCUCAUCCAACCCCGCGAACACUUCAAUCCUUUAACAACAAAGUUCGCUAUCAUGCGGGUGCUAUUCCUGUGCACGGCACACAACAGCUUGUCGCAGCGGCUGUACUUGGCCCUCUCGCUUUCGCAUCAUGUUACCAUCGAGCUCGCUCUGUCCGAGGAAACGAUGAUCUCUGCUGUGGCACUCAGCCAGCCCGACAUCAUCAUCUGCCCAUUCUUGACCACCCUUGUGCCAAAGUGCAUCUAUGAGAACUACCUGACGCUGAUAAUACACCCUGGGCCACCGGGGGACGCUGGGCCAUCCGCUCUCGACUGGGUACUAAUGGGCGAUGACGGCUCCAUCGAUGCCUCCAACGAAGUGCUCCGGGCGCUCGACGAAGAUGAAGUCUCCCCUGGCCGUACGCACUGGGGCAUCACCAUUCUGCAAGCCAUCGAGGAAUUCGACGCUGGUCCCGUCUGGGCCUUUGACCAAUUCAGCAUCGACAUUGAUCAACCAGGCUUGACCAAGUCUGAGCUCUAUCGUGGCCCCGUCACGCAGAGUGCCAUCAAUGCUACGCUGGCAGCCAUCAGCCGUGUCCAAGCCGCGUCUCCGUCGGGACGAAUCACCACCACCCUCAAGACAAAAGCCAACUUCCGAGCGCUUGCUGUCAGCGAUUCCAAGCCUUUUCAAGGGGGUCGGCUGCAUCAUCGACCUCUCCUCAAAGCUGCACAACGAGACUUUGAUGUCUCACGACACAGCUCCCAACAAGUCUCUCGACGUAUCCGAUGCGGAGACUCGCAGCCUGGCGCGCUCAGCAAGGUGUUUGGGAGCAGCCUGUACGUGUACGGGGGUGUUGUGGACGACAACGAAGAAGAACGAUGGCCCAUUCAGCUGUCUGGUCUCUCCCCUCGGAUCCUCGGCUUCCGCAACAAGGCCGUGUGUAUUGCCACGUGCGAUGGCAAAGGCGUCUGGAUUACACAUGUCCGACGCAUGAGAACAAAGGUCGACAAGGCCUUGUGGCCAAAAGUACCCGCUACAUUUGGUCUCCUGCAGCUGGGAAUCAUCACGCCCGAAGAUGUCCGAACCUUUGACUGGUGCCCGCCCGAUGAUUGGAAGUUGUCGUCGUUCAAGACGUUCCAAGAAGUCUGGGUCGACUACGAUGUGGACGAUGCGAUGCGUCGUACCGCCUAUGUCUAUUUCGACUUCUACAAUGGAGCCAUGGCCACCGACCAAUGCUCACACCUGAUUGAAGCCUUUGAUCACGUCUUGUCGCAGUCCACCAGCUCCAGCCCUGUGCAAGCAGUCGUCUUGAUGGGAGGAGCAUACUUCAGCAAUGGUAUUGCUCUCAAUGUCAUCGAGGCCGCCGUGGACCCAGCCAUGGAGUCUUGGCUCAACAUCAACCGCAUCGACGAUGUGGUCCAAUAUCUGCUCCAAGACUUCCCUUCGCGAAACAUUCUCACCAUUGCCGCGAUUCGCGGCAAUGCCGCAGCAGGAGGAGUCGCCCUCGCUGCCGCUUGCGACAUUGUCAUCGCCGGUCACAAGGUCGUUUUGAACCCAGCCUACCGCGCACUUGGACUCUACGGGAGUGAAUAUCACACCAUCUCCUAUCGUGGACGCUGCGGGCAGACUAAUGCCAACAAGAUCCUUCGGUCCAUGACGCCAAUCAGUCCUCUACAGGCCCAGCAGAUCGGACUGGUAGAUUAUGUCUUCCCCGGCACGGGUGCCGCUCUCGACGACUACAUCCGGACACACAUUGCCUUUCUUCUCAAGCCCGGUAUCAUCACGCAAGGAGUCUGGAAAAGAAACAUCAACCUCUCGUCUGCGACUCUGGCUCGCGCUCGCGCUCACGAACUCGGUGAAAUGAGCCUCGACUUCUGGUCCGAGCGCUCCCCUCGCUAUCACACGCGUCGCUUCGCUUUUGUCCGCAAACUCAAGCCUUCACAUACUCCUCUUCGCUUUGCAAUCCAUCGACGCGGACCCGAGGAUACUUCUUCUUCUUCUUGUCUAGACGAAGAAGAAUUGGAAGAAUUUGAGAAUUUGGACUAUCAUCGUCGAAUGGCAGAAGAGAGACUUUUUGUGAAAUUUCGUGGGAGAUUGGUGCGUGAAAUUGAAGAGGAAGAAGAAGAGAAAAAGAAAAAUCAAGAGAAAGAAAGGGAAAAAGAAAAAGAAAGAGAAAAAGUCGCUCUUCUUCAGCGGAAAGCUGCUGCUGCUGUUGCUGCUGGAGUUGCAAUUCAAGGUAUUCAAUCCCCUCCUCCCGAAAUCUCGGGUCCGCUUCUUCUUGGCGGAGAAGCAGAAGAGGGGGCAGGAGGAUAUUUCGACAAGAAGAAAAAGUCCUUGGAACCGAUGUGGUCGUGUUAUUAUCAUCAUUCGGCUGCUCCGAUGCUUCUUCCUCCUACUAUCACUACUGCUGGAUCGGAGGAGUUGCUCACGCCGCCUGUGACGCCUUUGGGCGUCGGUGGUGAUAGUGGUGGUGGUGGUGAGGGUACAACGGAGCAGUUGAGGAUUGAUCGGGCGAUUAAUGCGGCUGUGGCGAGGAGGUGUGCGGAGGAGAGGCCUUGGGCCAUGAUUUCGUGA